AUGAUAAUCAGCGAUUACACAAAAACAAUUGUACCAAAAAAGGCCAGAAGGAUUGAAGGUACCAAUUCGUUUUUUGAUUUAGGCGGCGAUGAUAGAGUUUUGAAAUAUGAUAAGGAAGAGUUAUUGAGGAUCUUAGAAGACAAUCAUUAUCAUUUUUCCUAA